AUGCUUUGCAACAAGACGCUGUGCAACGACAGCGAGGAGGGGGAGAAGCACGAGUUUGUCAAGUCGGAAACAAUUGCCGGCGUGUUGCAGUGCACUUACACGUGCGUUAACUGCAUCUGCGGUGAAAUCCGCACGAUUUUCCUUUGGAGGUACCCUAUGAAAUCCGUAUACGCGUUGGUAGUUCUUUACAUCGUCGGAUUAUCUGCCCGCGUACUGUCGUUCCCCGUGCUGGUAUUUUUGAUGGUAUGGACAUUGUGCGGCUGGCUGAGCUUCCGCGAGCACUACUAUGAGAUGGUCCACCCUCAGGUGAAGCCGAUUUUCGAGCUAGCCGGCAAUGCGGCCCGCGGCCUCUACGCGAGCAUCCCCAAGUUCAAGGAGUCACAGAAGCUGUAA